AGGACCUGUGAAGAGGAUCACGUGAUCGCAUCAAAUAGAUCUAAAUAUAUAGGAUAAGUGCUGAUCCAGUUGUCUCCUCUUCUCCUCCAUCUGAUCCAGUUGUCUCCUCUUUCUCUCCAGCUGAUCGAGUUGUCUCCUCUUCUCCUGAAUGACCCCCAAGGAUGGACAAGGACAGGAAUGAGAUGACUAAGAAAAUAUUACACUUCACCUUGGAGAUCCUCCACCUGCUGACCGGAGAGGAUUACAUCAUAGUGAAGAAGACAUGGGGGGAGUGUGUGGCCCCCAGCAGCCAUCUCCAUGAGUCAGGAGGAUGGAGCAGGGCCCGGGCCCCUAUCACGGAGCCUUCACCUCACUCACUGAUAGAUGAGGAGAAGAUCCUAGAACUCAUCCACAGGAUCACUGAGCUGCUGACUAGAGAGGUUCCUAUAAGGUGUCAGGAUGUGGCGGUCUAUUUCUCCAUGGAGGAGUGGGAGUAUGUAGAAGGACACAAGGAUCUGUACCAGGACAUAGUCAUGAUGGAGGAUCACCGGCCCCUCACAUCACAAGAUGGAGUCAUGGAAAGAAAUCCACCCGAGAUGUGUCCCCGUCCUCUGUAUUCCCAGGACUGUCCAGAAGGAAAUGUCUCAGAGAAGCAUCAGCCUGAAAAUCCAGUUGAUAUUAAAGUUGAGGCUAUAGAUGAAGCGGAGGAGACAGGUGUCAUGGCCAAUCAGCAUUGUGUGGUCAUGGAUGAAAAUCCACCCGAGAGGUGUCCCCGCCCUCUGUAUUCCAAGGACUGUCCAGAGGGAAAUGUCUCAGAGAAGCAUCAGGGUGAAGAUCUGAUGUGUAUUAAGGUUGAGGUUAAAGAUGAACCAGAAGAGGAGACGGAUUUGGGGGCCGAUCAGCAGUAUGGAGUCAUUGAUAGAAAUCCACCCGAGAGGUGUCCCCGCCCUCUAUAUUCCCAGGACUGUCCAGAGGGAAAUGCCCCAGAGAAGCAUCAGGGGGGAGAUCUGACUAAUAAUAAAGUGGAGGAUGAAGAAGAGAGGAUGAGCGGCCAUCACCCGUGUAUGAGGGAAGUGAAGGAGGAAAUUCCAGGAGGUGUUAUCCCAGAGCGUCCAAGGAAGAAACAUGAGGGAAACGUCAUGUUAUCUGUGAGUGAUAAAGAAGAUGAUGGAGAGAUCAUGGAGCGCUCCUCAGGAGAAGAUGGAGAGAUCAUGGAGCGCUCCUCAGGAGAAGAUGGAGAGAUCAUGGAGCGCUCCUCAGGAGAAGAUGGAGAGAUCAUGGAGCGCUCCUCAGGAGAAGAUGGAGAGAUCAUGGAGCGCCCCUCAGGAGAAGAUGGAGAGAUCAUGGAGCGCUCCUCAGGAGAAGAUGGAGAGAUCAUGGAGCGCCCCUCAGGAGAAGAUGGAGAGAUCAUGGAGCGCUCCUCUGGAGAAGAUGGAGAGAUCAUGGAGCGCUCCUCAGGAGAAGACCUCCUUACCCCUAAUGUCCAUCCAGAUCUAUCACAUAAUAAUCCCCCUGAUCAUCAGGAACCUUCUCCUCACCAAUCACACAUUGUCACUUCAUGGACAGAGAAGAAAAGGAUUCAAUGCGAUGAAUGUGAGAAAUGGUUUACAAAAAGAUCAAAUCUCGUUAGGCACAGAAAAAGUCACAGAGAAGAGAAGCCAAAUUCAUGUUGUGAAUGUGGGAAAUGCUUUUCAAGUAAAUCACAGCUUGUUAAACAUAAGAGAAUUCACACUGGGGAGAAGCCAUAUUCAUGUUCAGAAUGUGGGAAAUGUUUUUCAUUUAAAUAUCAUCUUGUAGCACAUGAGAAGAUUCACACAGGGGAGAAGCCUUAUUCAUGUUCAGAAUGUGGAAAAUGCUUUUUACGUAAAUCACAACUUGUUAAGCAUGAGAAGAGAAUUCACACAGGAGAGAAGCCAUAUUCAUGUUCAGAAUGUGAGAAGAGUUUCUUAAGUAAAUCAGAUCUUGUUAAGCAUGAGAGAAUUCACACAGGAGCGAAGCCAUAUUCAUGUUCAAAGUGUGGGGAAUGUUUUAUAAGUAAAUCACGUCUUGUUAAACAUGAGAAAAGUCACACAGGAAAGACCCCAUAUUCAUGUUCAGAAUGUGGAAAUUAUUUUACAACUAAAUCGGCACUUUGUAAACAUGUAAGAAUUCACACAGGGGAGAAGCCAUAUUCAUGCUAUGAAUGUGGAAAAUGCUUUUCACAAACUUAUGAGCUUAUUAUACAUAGGAGACGUCACACAGGAGAGAAGCCAUAUUCAUGCUCGGAAUGUGGGGAAUGUUUUAUAACUAAAACACAACUUUCAGGACAUGAGAGAACUCACACAGGGGAGAAGCCAUAUUCAUGCUCAGAAUGUGGGGACUGUUUUAUAACUAAAUCACAACUUUCAAGACAUGAGAGAACUCACACAGGGGAGAAACCAUAUUCAUGUUCAGAAUGUGGGAAAUAUUUUUCAUGUAAAUCAUCUCUUGUUAAACAUGAGAGGAGUCAUAGAGGAGAGAAGCCAUAUUCAUGCUCAGAAGGUGGAAAAUUAUUUACCGAAAAUUCUAAGCUUGUUAUACAUGAGAGAAGUCAAACAAGAGAGAAGCUAUUUUCAUGUUCAGAAUGUGGGAAAUGCUUUGGAUGGAAAUCUCAUCUGGUUACGCAUGAGAGAAGUCACACAGGAGUAAAGCCAUAUUCAUGUUCAGAAUGUGGGAAAUGCUUUAUUCAGAGAAUACAUCUUCUUGUACACAAGAGAAGUCACACAGGAGAGAAGCCAUAUUCAUGUUUAGAAUGUGGUAAAUGCUUUACACAACAACCACAUCUUAUUAUACAUGAGAGAAGUCACACAGGAGAGAAGCCAUAUUCAUGUUCAGAAUGUGGGAAAGGUUUUGCAUUUAAAUCAAGUCUUGUUAUACAUGAGAGAAUUCACACAGGAGAGAAGCCAUAUUCAUGUUCAGAAUGUGGGAAAGGUUUUUCAUGUAAAUCAUAUCUUGCUAAACAUGAGAGAAGUCACAAAGUGAAAUUAUAAUGUAUUAUAUUUCCCUUAAUGUUAUUAAUACACCAUGGUCUCUGUGUAGGACCCCCGCCCCCCAGAGAGAGAGUGGAUGUAGUCACCCCAAAAGCUGUUGUGCUGGAGGAGUCCCCCUAUAAGCUGUUUUAUUGUAGUCACCCUAUAAGCGGUUGUAUUGGCGGAGUCCCCCUGUAAUCUGUUAUAUUGGAGGAGUCCUCCUAUAAGCUGUUGUAUUGGAGGAGUCCCCCUAUAAGCUGUUGUAUUGGAGGAGUCACCCUAUAAGCUGUUGUAUUGGAGGAGUCCCCCUAUAAGCUGUUGUAUUGGAGGAGUCCCCCUAUAAGCUGUUGUAUUGUAGUCCCCCUAUAAGCUGUUGUAUUGUAGUCCCCCUGUAAUCUGUUAUAUUGGAGGAGUCCUCCUAUAAGCUGUUGUAUUGGAGGAGUCCUCCUAUAAGCUGUUGUAUUGGAGGAGUCCUCCUAUAAGCUGUUGUAUUGGAGGAGUCCCCCUAUAAGCGGUUGUAUUGGAGGAGUCCCCCUAUAAGCUGUUGUAUUUGAGGAGUCCCCCUAUAAGCGGUUGUAUUGGAGGAGUCCCCUAUAAGCGGUUGCAUUGGAGGAGUCCCCCUAUAAGCGGUUGUAUUGGAGGAGUCCCCCUAUAUGCUGUUGUAUUGGAGGAAUCCCCCUAUGAGUGGUUGUAUUGGAGGAGUCCCCCUAAUGAGCUGUUGUAUUGGAGGAGUCCCCCUAUAAGCUGUUGUAUUGGAGGAGUCACCCUAUGAGCUGUUGUAUUGGAGGAGUCCCCCUAUAAGCUGUUGUAUUGGAGGAGUCACCCUAUGAGCUGUUGUAUUGGAGGAGU